GAAUGGCCAUGCCAUUAACAAAAUACUAAUUGAUGCGUUGACUAAUGGGCGAUUUGACCAUUUCAUCUGUCCGGAAAACGCGACAUAUGUAUUCUACACUCGUGUUCUUUCUUGCAUUGCAGGCAUUUUGUGCUUUUUGAAACCAGGGUUUUCCUUUUUACCCAUCACAAGGUAACAAUAAAGACUGUCGAGGUUGGAGUACUGCCACAGCUCUUUGAAGUACAAUGCGUUGUUGUUCGCCUAAACAAAAAUCUCAUGGCUACCAUUAAUACUCAGGUCUCACGAACAGGACAAGCAUGUGAUAGAUGUCGAAACAAGAAAAUUAAAUGCGAUGGAGCGAUUCCUUCGUGCGCGAGCUGCAUCGCCGCGUGUGUCCAGUGCGAGGUAUCGGCAACUUUACGAAGGAAGGCCAAGAUCCGAGGGUUUGGAUCUGAUAGGGAUGAUGCUCUCGUACAGACCCUGCAAGCAGAGAAUGCAGAUCUGCGAAAGAAGCUUGAAGCCGAGUGCCAGACCAGUCAAUCACUUCGUGAAGAGCUCGACCGUGUGUCCCAGCAGGCCUCGACUCGACCUCGAAAACUACAUCGCCCAAUGCACCCGGCAACAAGCCAACAAGCCACUUCACCUUCCCACCCCACGUCGAGUGACGCCGGUGCAUCUCAGCCCGAGAGAUCUAUCCAUGUCGUGAAACAUAUGGGUCGCAUGGUCCAUGAUGGAAUGGGAGUUGGACGAUUUGCUGGAUCCACGACUGGCGUCCAUUUUGUACUGCGCGUUGAGGAUGCAUGUGUCCAGGCUCUGGGCUAUACCAACCACUUUCCCGAAAGCUCCUUCAGGCUGCACUUACUGCCGAUACACAAACUUACUUGCAAAGCAUCAACGCGAGGCCCUCAAGAUAUCGCAUCCAUUAACCAAGCAGAGCCUAGUGACACACGCCAGUUUCGCCAGAACUUCACCCACCCCCUUGACUACUACAUACACCAGAUUGACAGUUUUAUAGAGCGCUGGGAAUGCUUUUGCCCGGUCUUGGUACGCAAAGACAUCGUCCAGGAUGUUGCAAACUUCUUGCAUCCAAAUCAAGGAUUAUCCUUUGCCCCCGGGGAUGAAAGUAAACUCUCUGCCAUGAUUGCCUUGACUAUGAUUUUGAGUAUCAAUCAACUAGGCCAUCCUCAUCCAGAUCACGAUCUGCAGCGGCUCGUGACUUUGGCCCAUGGGGAGCUGCACGAUGUGGUUGCUCGAGGUGACCUCAAGGCCCUUCAGGCUCUGAUCCUCUGCGCUUUUCAUGCCCAAUUGACAGGACAGAGCCUCCAAUUGCUACAGUUAAAUGCCCUCAUGGUCCGUACGGCUCAGUCAAUUGGUCUCCACCGCCAUGACCGAAGAUUCAAGUUUAAGAGUGCCAUGGUUGAGCAUCGCCGUCGCAUUUGGUGGUGGAUCUAUGCCUUUGAUAAAAUUACCUCUGUUACCAACGGACUGCCAGAGCUUGUCAAAGAGGCCGACAUUGACAACGACAUGCCUGUUGACUGCAAUUUGGACGACCUCAAUGCAGAAUUUCUUUCUCAUCCGCUCCCAGGAGAGACUACCCCUGUCUUCCUAUUCAACCAGUAUGUACUCUUGUGCAAGAAGCUGUCGGCGAUCCUGAGCCAGCUUUACACUACAACUCAGCGCCGUGGUGGUGCUGAGAAGAUCACACGCCUUGAUCGAGACCUGAGAGUGUGGAAUCACUCCUUUAACGCGUUGCCCCAUGUCGCUCCAUUCGAACUGGCAGAAGUCUCACCCCACGCAUAUGAAGAAGAUGGAAACGAAGGACUUUCACUCAUGAACCAUUGGAUCCAAUUGUUGGCAAAUAUCGCCAUGGUUCAAAUCCACCGGCCAGCGCUCACCUUCGACUUGAACACCCCGGAGUUCAACAAUGGUCUCAAAACCUGCGUCAAAUCCAGCUCGGCCAUCCUUAAUCUCCUCGAAAACACCACAUCUGCUUGGUGGCUACGAAGCAUUUGCCCUUCGAGCCCAGCCCUUGUCUUUCAAAGUGCUUUGAUGCACAUCUACUUCCACUGUAACUCAUCGAUUAUCAUAGCCAUAGGAUCCGGCAGCCGAUCGACGAGUAUUUCAACAAUUGCCAAAGCUGUCCAAUUGUUGCGCUGCUAUCUCCCAGAGGAUCCCAACAUUCAAGAAGCCGGAUGUUCCGAAUUUUGUCAACAGCCAAUCGUUCAGGCUAUGGAAACCUUGACAAGUUUGCAACAUAUUCUAUCCCAUGAUUUCGUUCCCCAGAUGGAGACGGCAGCCCAAGAGGGAUUGGCUCCACCAGAUCAACCACUGGCAAAUGUGCCUGCAGGUCUUCAGAACGGGGCUCUUGAUCACGUUGAAGCCUGGAACUCGAAUGCAUUAGAAUACCUCAACAAUUUUGACACUAUCGACUGGAUGUGGCCUGGGGUCGAGCAAUUCCCAACAGUGCCUUGAACGACUCCAGAAUUUGUUUGUCUAUGCCCGGAAUGACUCAAAACUGCGCCGUCUCAAGGCUCCCAGUUCCUCCAGCCAUUUCUCCUCAACUGCGUCAGAGUUUGAAAAUAACUUUAUGCACCUGUCAUACUGUUAGACAAUCCUUGGGUCGUCGCCGAGGAAAUGACAAGACGGCAGACACUCAUACCUUUUGUUGUUCAAAAUCCUCAAAGGCUUUUGGUGCCUCCUCGAGGCUCACCAUCAAACCCAGCAGAGGCUUGACCUUUUCCUGUUCCUGGAUGAGGACCUCGAGUGCUUCCUCAAAAAUACUUCGGACCGGGCAUCGCCCGAGAGCUAGGGUUAUAUUCUUGCCAUAAAGCUGUAGUCCACUCAGGGGCAAGGUCUGCGUGUGCACACCGAUGGACGAGAUCUGGCCGAAUGGUCGGAUCAAAUCAACCGCGAGCUGGAGUGCGUCGGCAUGCCCGACCGCUUCGAUGACGACGUCGGCUCCUCGACCAUCGGUGGCAGCCAUGACCUUUUCGAUAGGGUUGUCAGACAGUAAAAUCGGUUUAGCACCGAGCUUCUCCGCUGCCGCCAGUCGGUCUGGUAUCGAGUCGACCGCAUACACUGUCUUGCACCAUCUGAGAGCAGAUAUGAUGGCGCAGAUACCAACGGGCCCGCACCCAACCUGAACGACGGUAGCAGAUUGCUUGUCCGAAGGCGCCAUGUUCUUGAGGAAGCGAGAAGCCCCAAAGUAUCCGGUGGGAAAAAUAUCUGCCAUCAAGACUAGCAUCUCUUCAGGGAUGUUCUUUGGGGUUAUGACAAGGGUCGAAUUUGCAAGCGGCACCCGGACGUAUUCGGCCUGGCCACCAUCAAUAGCAUUUGCUGGGACGCUGUUCCCGAACAACUCUCCCUUCGAACAGCGUGACGCUUGGCCUCGCUUGCAAUAGAAACAUUCUUGACAAGCCGUAUAGAAAGGAACGACGACAUCAUCGCCAACUGCAAAGUCCACCACGGCGUCUCCCCGCUCGACGAUGGUGCCCACAAAUUCGUGGCCGCAGACGAAAUCCGAUGGACAUUUGAGGUGGCCUCGAUAGUAAUGGAGGUCGCUGCCACAUAGAGCGCUGUAUUUGACCUUGAGGAUCGCAUCUGUAGGGUGCUGCAACUUUGGAACCGGCCUGUCUUCAACGGCCACUUUGUAAUUGCCUUUGAACACGACGGCGCGCAUUGUAUUCGGUAGAACGGGAGCCAUGGUCAAGAACGGGUUUUGUCACUGCUGGGUCAAAUUGAAAGUCCUUGAUUCGAAUAAAAUGAUCCUCGACUCCAUGUGAUCGCAGACAGUGGCAUAUGCGAGCCUUAUGACCACCAUUGCGCCGUGGAGUUUGGAGUUUUUGCAGUUCGCAAACCCCUAGGCGGCGUCCAGUCCAAAGCAAACGGCAUUAAUCUGGGGCUUGAGGCCCGACAGGAA